AUGGAACUGCGUGUCUACAUUAUUUUAUUAAUCAUCAUAAUUAUCAACUAUUCAACGAAUUCUACAGCCUUUGCCGUUCGUAAAAGAUUAGAUAUGAAAACGACAUCUGCAGUCUCAGAUAUCGGUAAAUCUUUUAUAGAUGUAGAACCUUCAAAUAAGUGGUGUUCUCCUACAAAUUGCUAA